AUGUUCCUGGCCGGACGAGCUAUUGCUGGUAUUGCAGUUGGAGGAAUGGUCGGAACUGUUCCGAUGUACCUGUCCGAAAUCAGCCGACCGGAACAGAGAGGACUCAUAGGAGGUAUCGCAGGAGCAGGCAUAUCAUUCGGGGCUAUGCUGGCCAACUGGGUCGGAUACGCAGGUUCCUACGCUCCCGAUGGCGCUAUCCAGUGGCGCCUCCCGCUCGCCCUACAAAUCCCUUGGGGGCUUAUAAUGCUUCUUGGCCUUGUCACCUUUAUGCCAGACUCUCCACGGCAACUCAUUCGUGCUGGCAAGAUCGAGGCUGCUCGAAGGGCGCUCUCCAAGAUGCGGAGCGACACCUCGCCUGACGAAUUUGUAGCCGAGUUUGACCAGAUGCAAGCUCAGAUCGAGUUUGAGAUGGCACGCGAGAUUGCUUCCUUUGGGGAAGCUUUACAUUUGUAUCACCACCGUUGUCUCGUCACUCUAGCGGUACAGGUCAUGACAAGCUUAACCGGAGUGAACGUGGUUCAGUAUUACCAAACGAUCGUGUACAAGUCACUAGGUAUGGAACCCAGGACUAUCCUCGCGCUGGCUGGCGUGUAUAGCACUGUCGCAUUUGUUGUCAACUAUAUCGCCCUCGUAUUCUUCAUGCAUCGAUGGGGAAGACGCAAGAUGAUCAUCGGUGGCCUUGCCAGCAUCGUGCUUGUCCUGAUCUACACUGCUGUCAUGCAACGGCAGUUCCAGGAGACGGAUAAUCGCGUCGGAAAAGGUUUCACGAUCCUUGGCAUCUACAUGUUCGUCACGGCUUAUUAUGGUCUCAUCAACAGCGCUACAUGGCUCUACAGUGCUGAGGUAUUGCCCCUAGCGCUGAGGGCCAGGGUUAUGGGUCUUGCAUGCGCUUGUCAUUUCAUUGUCAACAUUGGAGUCACGCAGGCUGGUCCGAGUGCCUUUUCCACAAUCCACGAGAACUACUACUAUGUAUUUGUGGGAUGUACGGCAUUCUUCACAGUCAUAGCCUAUUUCUCCUUCGAGGAAACUCGACACAAGACUCUAGAGGAGAUCUCUCAGGCUUUUGGUGACGAGGUCACAUCGAGCGAGGAUAUGUAUGUUGCGCGAGCUAAACUAGACGUUGAGGAGAAAAGCCAGCAAAUUGAGCAUCGUGCUUGA